CGCGAAGGUAGCCCGCGUUGGGGUCUUUGCGCUGGCAGGAUGCUACCUGGUUUGGCUGCCAACCUUGCUCACAGACGCGGCUGGUCCUCCCUGUCCUGGAUCCCCCUAAGGUGCAGGGAGGCACCCAGCAGCCCUUGCGGUCCAGCCCAAGGAUGGCACAGCUUAGUGAUACUUGGAAGUUUCUCAAGCAUUUCACCAUGCAGUCAUCUACGCAUUUACUCACUGAGUCAAGUAAGAACUUACUCUACAGAUACUCAGAAAGAAGGAAGGCAAACGCAAAAUGUUCAGUUACCAUCAACUUCAGUAAAACAUAAAUCCUCUCCUGUUGAAACAGCACCAGAUUCCAGCCUUGAACUCCAAACCCCACUUACUAAGCAUGAACCUCGCCAAGUAAGAGUUAAAGCAGUUCUUAAGAAAUACAGCCAGAAGAAUUUCAUCACUGGAAUCGGAGCGAUAAAUGAAUUCUGUCUUAAAUCUAGUGAUCUAGACCAGCUGCGGAAAAUCAGACAAAGAAAUCCCCAUGAAGAUACUGAAUCCUUUAAUGUCUACUUGAGAUCAGAUGUAGAGGUGAAGGCUUUGGAGGUUUGGGGAAGCCUUGAGGCUCUUGCUAGAGAGAGAAAGCUGCGUGAGGAAGCGAAGAGAGAAUAUAGAGAGAGGCUGUUGAGGGAUCAAAAGCUAUUACAAGAAUAUGAAGACUUCCUGGAACAUACAAAGCCUACGAAAAUAUCCAUGUUUCUUAGAGGACCAGGAAAAGUAGUGAUGGUUGCUAUUUGUAUGAAUGGCUUAAACUUUUUCUUUAAAUUACUUGCUUGGAUUUAUACGGGUUCUGCAAGUAUGUUCUCAGAAGCUAUACAUUCAUUAUCUGAUACUUGCAACCAGGCUUUAUUAGCAGUAGGCAUCUCUCAUUCCAAACGGACACCAAGCUCUACUCAUCCGUAUGGUUUCUCAAAUAUGCGCUAUAUUUCUUCAUUAAUUAGUGGUGUUGGUAUUUUUAUGAUGGGUGCAGGACUUUCUUGGUACCACGGAAUCAUGGGAUUAAUUCACCCUCAGCCUGUAGAAUCUCUUUUCUGGGCUUACUCUAUUUUAGCAGGAUCAUUGGUUUCUGAAGGAGUAACUCUCCUCCUUGCGGUAAUGGAAAUACGACAGAGUGCUCAAGCUAAAAGAAUGUCACUUUACAAGUAUGUCAUGCGAAGUCGUGAUCCCACUACAAAUGUGGUAUUAAUGGAGGAUGCUGCAGCAGUCUUAGGAGUGGGCCUAGCAGCUAUUUGUUUGAGUCUGACUUCUUUAACAGGCAAUCCACUCUAUGACAGCCUGGGUUCUUUAAGUGUGGGAACCUUAUUAGGAGCUGUAUCAAUGUUUCUCAUCUACACAAACUCAGUAGCACUCUUAGAGCGUUCAAUCCAGCCUGAGCAACUGCAACACCUAAUUAAACUAUUGGAAAAUGAGCCAACAGUAAGGGCAAUUCAUGAUGUCAAAGCCACAGAUCUGGGAUUGGAUAAAAUUAGAUUUAAGGCUGAAGUAGAUUUUGAUGGGAAAAUUGUUACCCGACUUUAUUUGGAAAAACAGCACUUUGACCAGAUGCUGCAAGAAAUCCAGAAAGUAAAGACUCCUGAGGAACUAGAAAUCUUUAUGGUUAAGCAUGGUGAAAAUAUUAUUAAUGAUCUAGGAGCUGAAGUAGGUCGACUUGAGAAGAAGCUGAAGAAACUAAAUCCUGAAAUACGACAUGUAGAUUUGAGAAUACUAUAG